GCUGUGGUGUGAACACCCUAUACAGAAUAAACGUGUUGGUUAAAUUUCGUCUAAGGAAAGAAAACACUCCAUCCAGGAUAAUUCAGCAAAGGGACAGCAACAUCUAAGCAGACCUUGUGAAAAUGGAAAUGACUUAUCGGCCUGUUGUCACCAGCCAGCCGCAAUGCCACACAUCCACGCGGAGUUUUGAGUGGCAGACGGACCUCUGUGACUGUGGCAGUGACUGUCGCAUCUGUCUGUGUGGAAUAUUUUGCUUCUGCUGCCUAGGAUGCAAAAUUGCCAAGGACAUGGAAGAAUGUUGUUGCUGUGGACCAAGCGUCGCCAUGAGGACUCGCUACCGGACUCAGUUCAGGAUACCGGGAUCCAUCUGUUGCGACUGCCUCACCACCACUUUCUGUGCUCCCUGCAAUCUUUGUCAGCUCAAGAGAGAUAUCAACAGGAGGAAGCAGCUGGGGAUAUUCUAGAAAGGGGUUCCUGCAUUCACUGACCUGGAUAUCCGUGUGUCCCUGAACUUGGUGUAUUUCAAAACCUGGCGUUGAGAUUUCCACUCUGCUGCAGUACAAUGUUCAAAACUUG